UUUCUUCUUUUUGCUCAACACACAUCCAUUAUAUUCCUUCUAGUUCUACCUACUAUACUCUUGGAAUUUCCUUAGACCAGCAUCAUUCAAAUGGCUUCAGACUCUGAUCUCUACCAGAAUCUGAUCUCGACCGACUUCGAAAACACAACGGCAUUUGCUAUUAAUGCUUGUUCUCCGAACUUGGUUAUGGCUACUUCUGUUAAUACAUCCAUUUUGUCUUCCUUUUCAAGAUGUUUACCUUUCUUCAUCACACAUACCGCACCUUCUUCUAAGCCGACUAAUCCCUCGACUAUUGAUCAGUCUAAGUGUGAGUCCGAGUCCGAGUCUGAGUCUGAUUCUAUCGCUCGUAAGUUUGAUGAUGAAUAUGAAAGGACAAAGUUGGUUAAUAUGAUGAAAGCUGGUUUUCAGCUCUUAUUUUCCGAAGUUGAUGACAAAAGUCAAUAUACCUCUCUUGGAAUAAAGGUUAUAUUGGAGAUUGAUCAUGAACAAAUUCAAGAGGAACUUGAAGAUUCAGCCAAGGCAACACCUUGCGAUGCAUCUCCGACAUAUAAAUUGGAAGCCGAAGAUGCAAUUGGAUUAAUUUUGGACUAUGCAGGAUUUUGGAUAUAUAGUUGCUCCUCUGUACUAACCGAUGAACUCGUAACUUCAUCGGAUGAGAAGACAUCCUUUUUAAAUCUUUGUGGUAGAAAUACAGAAGAAAGCAAUCAAUCAAGCAGUGGCUAUGCAGAGGUGGUGUUUUUUGCACUCGUUGAAGGUCUAAUUGAUGAUAAACUCAUUUCUGAUAGUGAGCAACUGAAGAAGUUUUUGAAAGAUCUUAGCGAAAAAAAAAUGGGAAUUUGGUCAAAGGUGCAUGCUACAUGUUCAAGUGUUGCCGAGAAUUAACCUUGUUCUCAUUAGGCAGUGUUAUGCACAGCUUGUUGGUGGCUCGACGUACAUACAUCUGCAAUAAUCAUAUAAGAUUAAUUAGCACAUGAUGUUAAAGGACUAGCUCAAGUUAGGGUAAUAUAAAAGUUACGGGCUCAAAUCUUAUCUACCGUUCCUUUCAAAUAGAAUAUUGAAAAUGCAUGGAGUAUAGGGGGACCGAAAUAAACUUAAUUUGUAUAAUUAAUACUCCGUAUAAGAAUAUUUUUGAUACUACAAAUUACUCAUCAUAUAUAUAUACUCGAUUGGUUAGCUACUAAAAGUAGUGCAACUUUUUUUUACUUUUUUUUAUUCUUAAUUUUAUUACCCAAUUUCAAAGUUUAAAAUAUGAUUGGACUAACUUUUACAAAAAUAUACUGUAAAUAUG